UAGAAUAUUUUUCAAUAAUUCUUAAAUUUGACUUUCUAUAAGGUAAUGUUACGUCCCUCAGCUCUCUAGGAGUGAUGUGGUAGAGGGAGUGAGAGAGGUUGUGUGUAGGUAAAUAAUAACAGAGUAUUUGUGUCUCAAACAAAGGAUUUUUAUUAAACACAAAGCGCCUAUAAAGGGAAAAAAGGGUUAACAAAAAGCGCCAAGGGAGGAGAAAAAUAUCUAACUGAAAUAUUUACUAUUAAUAAAACACUAAAUUCAAUAAAUAUACAAACACUAAACAAGAGACGUCCUGUUAAGCAGAGAUGCUCAGGGGAAAUCCAAAAGGGGGAGUCAAAGGCCAGUCCGAAGUCAGAGUUACCAGAAAUCCUAAUUAUCGAGAGUAAAUCACUAAAUCACCAAAGUACCACCAAGCAGCACACACACCAGCACACGAGGAGAAGAGAGAAGUAAGAACACUUCCGUGCUCGAACUUCCCUGUGCCUUCUCCCUGACUGAGGGAGGACAUCAGCCUUUAACAGCUUCUCCCUGAUUAGGAGCGAUUACAAACACCUGUUACACCGGGAGACAGGCGAGGCAAAGCCACCGAGGCCAUCCUGUGGCUGAAAAGGGGCACUGUACGUAACAGGUAAUCUUUCAUAAUUUUUUCUCCCCUAGCCUCUACAGCUAAAUCAAUCAUUAUGCGGGCCUCUCACGUUGAUCGAUUGAGUUUCAUAAUCAUCAAAUUGAGCUAUCAGUCAGCGAGGAUGCGCUUCAAUCAAUCAGUCAAUCAAUCAAUCAAAUUUUAUUUCUAAAGCACUUUUCAAACAAAGUGUGAUUCAAAGUGCUUUACAAAAUGACCCCAGAUUCCCAUAACAGGUUAAAAACAUUAACAAACAUAUGCAAUCACACGCACACACAGACUCACACACACACACAAGUAAAAAUUAUAUUAGGCUGAGUCCAGAUGAGCCAAGUAUGGUAACGCAAGGAAACGCCAUCAGAGGAGCCGUCUGUCCCGGCAGCAUCAGGUCUUCCACACUAACCCCGGGUUUCCACCGGAGCCGUCAGCAGCACGUUACUGCAGCAGCUAUGACGUGCUGCUGCAGUAACGUGCUGCUGAUAGGAACCGCUGUGGUCAACAGAACCUUUUCCACCGGAGCCGUCAGCAGCGCGAGUCGGCCGCGUCUCAGGAGCAGCAUGUCGCGGCCUUUACGCGCCGGUUCUAUUUUCUACGCGCAACGCCUCUGAAACGGGUCAAGUUCGACAUUUUUGGGGAAGGAAAGACAGGAAAUCGGACGCGGAAAUGGAGAGAAGCUCCCGAGAUUUUCAGAAUAAAGAAGGUACUGCCUUCCGGUUGCUUUACUUUUAAAAAGGUUACUAAGUGUGCGUCCCCGUGAGAAGUUAUCACCUAGCUAGCGGUCUCCUUUGUUUUUCAGGUCCGUAUUGGCGAUUAUAAAACGGACAGAACAUAAAACACAAACCAUGUUGUAGUUUUCUCCUGCUUGUUGUUGUGUUUACUGACGAAGUCACUCGUGUGACUUUGUGCUCGGUCGGUGACAGCUGCUCCCCUGCUGCUUUGCGUCUCGUGGGAAGGACCAAGCAGCAGCUUACGCGAGCAAGACGUGCUGCUGCAGUAACGUGUUGCUGACGGCUCCCGUGGAAACCCGGGGUAAGUCAGGGCGCUCAGUGGAAGGGGAGCAUAGACCCCCUCCUAUAGAGCGCCCAGGAAGCUACAGUCGACCACCGCUCCCGGGGCAGAGGGCCCCCACAGAUGAAACACUGGAUUAAAAUGAGUAAAAAUGUAAUAAAAGAGCUAAUGUAAAUGACAAAAAUUAGAAAAUAAGUAAUAAAUAAAAUGAUAUAGACAGUAAAAUAAUAAUUUCAAUAAUAAAACUGUGCUAAAGUAUAAUCAUAUAGGACAUGCAAAGCAAGUAAUAAAAUAUAAUCAUGUAAAACGAGAAAUAAAACUGUAGAAAAUAUUUAGAUAAAAGCUAACCUAAAAAGCUUCAGUAAGCUGUGUUGGCAAACUUAUAUUUGGACAGGUAAAUAAAGUAUUGUACCAGAUUUUUGAAAUUUAAAUAUAAGAAGUAAUGGUGCAGCUAAUUAUUUGCUGCGUUUGCCAUCAGCUAAUGUAGGGCUAGCUUGAAUGCUAACUCGGCCUGUAAAGUCAACUAAAUAUUUGAUCAUUGUGUAUUUGAGCUGAUAAGCAAAGGCUUUAACCUUAAACCAUAUCAGACUAUUUGUUGUGAAUUAAGGCUCUGGCUCAUGGGUGUGCUACAUCUGUCCACCACCUCGUCCUCGAACCCAACUUCCACGCCAAAUAAAGGCACAUUUGACAACGGCCUCGCCGCCAUGAAUUCGUCUAUUGCGCGGUAGCAAGGAAAACUGGAAGGGUUGAACCCGUUUCUACUGUUGUGAUUCUUGGCAUUGUAGUACGCGGUCUUCAAACUUUUCCAUCGGUUUUUUAUCUGUUCAACCGUUCGAUCGAUCCCCGCUUCCUUCAAGCGUUCAUGAACUUGAUUGAAUAACUCAGAGUUUCUAGGUUUCCUACCAUCAAGUCUUUCUACAAUUUUUAGUUCUUUGAGUACAUCCAGCAGUGCAUUUGUGUCUGAAACAGACCAGUUUUGUUUCGCUCCCGCCAUGUUUUCCGACUUCCGUAAACGACAACGUAACGUACGUACAUAAACGUGUGACGUUACUGACAUGCGCAGUAAUGCGCAGUAGUCACUCGAGUGUUUUCAUGCACCGUGAUCGGAUUAACAAUCGGCAUAACCCAGCUGUCUCAAUCGGAAUGAAAAGUUGAUCCGAUUGAGUUUAAUCGGGUCAGAGUAUUCUGAAUGGUUUGUUUACAUGACCCAUUUUAAUUCCGAUCAGGCUUGUAUUCCGAUUAAAUGUGUCCAUGUAAACGCAGCUAGUGAAACCCAUGUUAAAGGAACAGAGAUUUUCUCCUCCGCAAGAAACUGAAUUCUUCGCCAUCUUUUUACCGCAUAGACAUAUUCCUUUACAAAUCUCCCAGGUGGUGGCAAGGCAACCUUGGAUUUCAUAAGAAUUAGAUGGCUUGGUGUGAGAGGUUCUGGUGCUUUAGGGGUGUUAAUGUUGUGAACGAUUAUUAAAAAUAGCCAAAAACCUCAUAGAGCAAAAUCCUAAGAGAUGCAUCAUCCAUUCCAUGGGACGCUUGUGCAAUCGUAGCAUUCAUUACGUUACGAAUGGUUCAGAUCUUGCGUUCCCAAAUGCCACCCACAUGACUUGCCGAAGGGGCAUUGAAAACAAACUCACAUUGUUUUUCCAACAAAAAAGCUCAUAGUUUAACGUCCUCACGCUGUUUUAGAAUCUUCAAAAGUUUGCUUCUGGCUCAAACAAAAUUAGUACCAUGGUCACAAUGUAACUGACUAUAACAGUUCCUCUUACGCUAAUAAAACAUCGCAGACCGUUAAGAAAGGCAUCUGUAGUAAGUUCUGUCAACAUUUCAGAAUGGACCGCUCGUGAAGUCAAGCAUGUAAAGAGAAGUCCAUAUCUCUUGAUUUCUUUACGCCCGAUUUCGGUACACAUAAUCACAAUACGUUUUUACAUACUCAUGUGGAGGUGGAAGUUGCUGCCACACGCCAAAUGGAGCAGAAGGCCAAUGUCAAUAUCACUUCUGGGUUACCAACCCUAGAUAUGUGGUCUAUAUUACGUGAAUCUGACACCUGCUGGCGACCACUUACAGUAUGUUUAUGUUUAUGUAUUUAGCAGAUAGGUUUCUGCUGCAGGAAAUCUUUUUCAGUUUGUCUAUAGGUCACAAAAUGAAGGGAAAAUUACAUUUGGUCUAAUUUAGAUAAUGAAACAUUAUAAAGAAAAAAGUAUUUUACUUGUCAGCAGGGAACGUGAAGACACUGCCUAAAAUAAUAAAAUAUUAUGACACGUAAAACUAUUGUCUGAGGAAGUUGUGUGGUUUAUCAGUCAGCCUCCAGUCCAGCAGGUGGCGCUAAAGAUGCUGGUCACCGACCACCGGAAGAAGCAGAAACCAGAAGUUGCUAGCAGUGCUAGCUUGUUGUUGUUCCUUUGGCCUCUCUGAGAAACGCGCUCGUUUUGCUGCUUUCAUCAGACUGAAGAGGUUCCCUCUAUCAGACUCGCUCAUCUGAGUUGGUCAUGAUGCAGGAUCGCUGCUCGCUCUCUCAUCCAUCCUGCUCACACUCUCCGACGGAAAAGCCCCGAAUCUGAAUGUGACUCUGGAGGAAAAAAGCGGUUAGCUCUACUCCGUGAACUCUGGUGAGCAAAGGUCCUCUUUUCCAGACUGGAUGUGUCCUCAGCUGAUCAGAACCAAAGCGUUGGAUCUUUAAUCUCCUGCGUUGUUCUGAAGCAGCAUCUUAAUCAGCUCUCCUGCUUUGUUUCUAUUGCAGCUGUUAGCUAAACACGGCUAAAGAAAACCUGCUACCACUUCAGGAUCAUCCAUCAGCAUGGACACAGAUGUUCAACAGCUGGUGCUGGUUAAAGAAGAAGCUCCUGAGGAACAGAGAGCAGGUGAGGACCAGAAAGACCCAGAACACAUCCACAUGAAGGAGGAACAAGAAGAAAACUGGACCAGUCUGGAGGGAAAGCAACUCCAUUUGAAGGAGGAAACAGAAGCUGCCAGGUUUCCAUUCACAUUGGCUUCUAUAAAGAGUGAGGAUGAUGAAGAGAAACCUCUGUUCUCACAGCUUCAUCAGCAGCAAGUAGAAGACAAAGAAGUUCAAACCAGCAGCUCAGCUCACCAGAUGAUAGCAGAAACUGGUGGAAGAGCAGACACUAGCAGGAACCAAGAUCUGAACCCUCAUGAACAGACAUCUGAUUCUUCAGAAACUGAAAUGAGUGGAGAUUAUGAAGAGGGUGAUGAUGUGAAUCUAGACUCUGAGCUGUCAGACUCUGGGUCUGAAACUGGAGAAGAGGACAGUGACUGGAAUGAAAGCAGGUCUUCUGAUUCACAUGUUAGGACUGUCAACAAGUCCUUUAGCUGCCCUGAGUGUGGUAAACAAUUUGUCCACAAGAGGUCUCUCCAGAAACAUGUGAGAGUGUCAGGUCAUUCAGCAAUAAGGUCUUCAAGCUGUUUGGUCAAAAAGAAAGGUGUUAGAGUGAAGCAACAUGUAGACUCAUGCAAGAAAGUCCAGAAAGAACUAAAAUCAUUUAGUUGUGAUGACUGUGGUAAACGAUUUAGUUCAAUGUGUAAUUUAAACAGGCACAUGAGAGUCCACACAGGAGAAAAACCUUUUGCCUGUGAGACCUGUGGUCAAAGAUUUGCCUAUAAACAAGCCUUAGACGCUCACAUGAGAAUCCACACAGGAGAAAAACCUUUUGCCUGUGAGACCUGUGGUAAACGAUUUGCCUAUAAACAAGUCUUAGACAGUCACAUGAGAAUCCACACAGGAGAAAAACCUUUUGCCUGUAAGCUCUGUGGUCAAAGAUUUGCCUAUAAACAAGGCUUAGGUGUUCACAUGAGCGUCCACACAGGAGAAAAACCUUUUGCCUGUGAGACCUGUGGUCGAAGAUUUAGCCAAAAGGGAAAUUUAAGCAUUCACAUGAGCGUCCACACAGGAGAAAAACCUUUUGCCUGUGAGACCUGUAGUAAAAGAUUUGCCUAUAAACGAGCCUUAGACGCUCACAUGAGAAUCCACACAGGAGAAAAACCUUUUGCCUGUGAGACCUGUGGUAAAAGAUUUGCCUAUAAGCAAGUCUUAGACAGUCACAUGAGAAUCCACACAGGAGAAAAACCUUUUGCCUGUAAGCUCUGUGGUCAAAGAUUUGCCUAUAAACAAGCCUUAGGUGUUCACAUGAGCGUCCACACAGGAGAAAAACCUUUUGCCUGUGAGACCUGUGGUCGAAGAUUUAGCCAAAAGGGAAAUUUAAGCAUUCACAUGAGCGUCCACACAGGAGAAAAACCUUUUGCCUGUGAGACCUGUGGUCAAAGAUUUGCCUAUAAACAAGUCUUAGGGCUUCAUAUGAAAGUCCACACAGGAGAAAAACCUUCUGCCUGUGAGUCCUGUGGUCGAAGAUUUAGCCGAAAGGCAGCUUUAGACGUUCACAUGAAAGUCCACACGUUCACAUGAAAGUCCACACAGGAGAAAAACCUUUUGCCUGUGAGACCUGUGGUCGAAGAUUUAGCCGAAAGGGAAAUUUAAGCAUUCACAUGAGAGUCCACACAGGAGAAAAAUCUUUUGCCUGUGAGACCUGCACUGAAAAAAAUAACUCUUUGGAUUUACUUGAUUUUAAUGUGUACAUCGGUUCCACAUGAUUACAAUAAGUUUUACCAAUAGAACAUGUCUCUUUCCUUUUACUAAU